AUUGACCGAGCCAAAUGAAUACCAUUCGUUGAAUUAAGAUUCAAACCAUCCAUAGUAGGCUAUAUAUAUGUCAAGAAGCAGAGAGCAAUUUCAUCAAUCACCAAACAGAAAAACUACAAUUGAAAGAGAAAAUAUUGCACCAAUAUUCACAAGCCUGCAAAACAAGAUUAAUCAAGUCAUAUCCAAAAUGAAGAACACCCAUGUUGCUUUAUGCUUUAGCUUGGCAUUCCUCUUCUAUGCGGUUGGAGGAGCUAAGGUGACAUUCACAAAUAGGUGUGAAUACACUGUAUGGCCGGGAACGUUAACUGGAGACCAAAAGCCUCAGCUAUCAACAACGGGUUUUGAGUUAGGACCUGGAGCAACAAUUGAGGUGGACCUUCCAUCACCAUGGUCGGGUCGAUUUUGGGGACGAACCGGAUGCUCCAACAACAAUGGAAAGUUCAGUUGUGCCACCGCCGAUUGUGCCUCUGGUCAAGUCGGUUGUAACGGUGCUGGCGCAAUCCCACCAGCAACAUUGGUAGAAAUAACCGUAGCAACAAACGGGGGACAAGAUUUCUACGAUGUGAGCAAUGUGGAUGGAUUCAACGUGCCAAUGUCUGUAACGCCACAAGGUGGGAGUGGUGACUGCAAAACCUCCAGUUGUCCAGGGAACAUUAAUGUUGUGUGCCCUUCAGAGCUCCAAGUGAUAGGUUCUGAUGGGAGUGUGGUUGCUUGUAAGAGCGCUUGUUUGGCUUUAAACGAAGAUAAAUAUUGUUGUCGUGGAGAUUACAAUACCGAAGAAAAAUGUCCACCCACAGACUACUCUAUGGUUUUCAAGAACCAAUGCCCGGGUGCUUAUAGCUAUGCUUACGACGAUAAGAGCAGCACUUUCACUUGCUUUGCAAGACCCGAUUACGCCAUCACCUUCUGCCCAUCAAAUUAAACUUCACGAUCAAACAAAAUAUGCCGUCUUAAUUAAUUUAUGUCUUUGUCAAAAAUAAAAUAAGUGCAUGUAUACAAAUGAAACGUAUACAGACACAUUUGUCAUGUAAUAUAAACCACAAGUAUUUUCAAUUAUUAUUGCAGUAAUUUUUUUUAUAAUUUAUUGCGUCUU